AUGUCCAUCACUGCCCUCCCGGAUCUUGUUAAGCACCUGAGGAGCAAAGAAAAUGUUAAAGAGUAUCUGCAGACACACUGGGAAGAAGAGGAGUGCCAAUAGGAUGUCAGUCUUUUGAGAUAACAGGCUGAAGAAGAUGCCCACCUGGAUGGGGCUAUUCCAAUCCCUGCAGCAUCUGGAAAUGGGGUAGAUGAACUACAACAGAUAAUCCAGGCCGUCCUAGAGAAUGUGUGCUGGCAGAUGUCUCUGGAUUUAAAGACCACAGCACUCAAACAACUGCAGGGCCACAUGUGGAGGGCAGCAUCCACAGCUGGACACAUGAAAGCAGAGUUCUUUGAAGAUGAAGUUCCAGCAGACAGGAAGUGGAGAGAAGAUGGAAUGAAGGUGUAUAUCUAUUCUUCUGGAAGUGUAGAGGCUCAGAAACUAUUAUUUGGGCAGUCUACAGAGGGAAAUAUUCUUGAGCUUUUUGAUGAUCACUUUGAUACCAAAGUUGGACACAAAGUGGAGAGUGAGUGUUACAAAAAGAUUGCAAACAGCAUUGGAUGCUCAACCAACAACAUCUUGUUUCUAACAGAUGUUACUUUAGAGGCCAGUGCUGCUGAGGAAGCAGGUGUGCAUGUAGCUGUGGUGGUGAGACCUGGAAAUGCAGGAUUGACAGCUGAUGAGAAAACUUUCUACAGCCUCAUCACAUCCUUCAGCGAACUACACCUGCCUUCCUCAGCAUAGAGGAAGACUUCCACAGAAGACCAAACUGUUCCUCAGAGUUGUCCCCCUAGUGUCUAGUUUUAUUCUAAUGGCAAAGUAAUACGUACAUAUGUAUGCAAGUAUAUGUAUGUACAUGCUCAUUAAUUUUCAUGGGCACAUAAGUGAGGAAAAAAAGUCUUAAGUCCAGUGAAGAAACUUAUUUAAAGAUGCUGUAUAUGUAGAAAUAGUUUGAGACCCUAACACUGACCCACAUUGAGGGCAAAGUGUAGUUGAUAGAAGAAUACAGAUCAAAUGUGCUAUGAUUAUCAAUUCCCAUAAAAAAAUGAGAACUUAGUUUUGAAAAUUAUUCAGAGGCCUAUUACUUUAAAUACUGAAAAUACUUCAGAGACUUUUUUUUUAAAAAAAUUUAUUAUUAUUAUUAUUAGUUCAGAGACAUUCUUAACAACUCAUUGCCCUUGUUUAAUGGCGAGUUAGAAGAGUUACAAUAGCUGUAUAUCACAUUUACCUCCCUUGGUACAAAAGAUAAAGAUAUUUGUUUCUGCUCCAAAAGAGCAAAAUAAAGAAAGAAAAUUCACCCGAGUCUUGAUCAGUCAAGUAUUUGUUACUGAAGAAGAAACUUACUAAUCAUGUGGCACCCAUAGCUGGCACUUGCCUUAUCAAUAAAAAACAUAUGCAGAUAUAACAGCUAAAAAGGAAAUGUGAUUCUUAAUGUCCAACAAAAUGAUUCUAAUUCUGCUGGUUUUACCAGUUGCCUUUCUAAUUUAAUCUUCACACAGUUUAAGAAUAUAUAUUAAUUGCUACUUACUAUUUUUUAAAAUAAAGUUUUGCUGAAAUUAGUGCAUAAUACCCAGAAGAGUCCUAAUAUGUAAUAUUUCCCCUUUGAAUGUGAGAAAUGUAAAUUUUAUAACAGCAUUAUUUAUCCUGGUUCAAUUCUAAUAGGAUUCCAUGUCAGUUUUAUGUUGUAAUUAAUAAAAGCAUUCUCUUCUUACAAAAAAAAAAAAACAAGAAAGAAAUAUGUACUUUAGGUUUAGAGUUGGGAAAGUGUUUUACUGCCCCACAUAUUCCAAUACAAAAGCAGCUGCCUAUUCCACCCACAUGUAACACCAGAUUUGUCUUUAGGAAAUGAAAAAUCCAGUUCCCGGCCUAGGCUAUAAAGCUACAGAGUCAUACUCAAUUAGAAUUGUAUUCUUCAAGCAAUAUCUUUGAGUUCUUGAAACUUAUAAGAUUAUUUUAGAUGGCUAUAACUUUCACAGUGUGUAAUCUACACCUAAAUAAUUUGGCUUACCAAUUGAACAACAACAACAACAACAACAAAAAUAGACAAAGAGAAAAUAUGCUUUGGCAUCAAUCAUAAAUUUUAGGGAAGUAUUUUAUUUUGGCCUGAACUGUAGUCAUCUGCUUCUAUUCUAUACUUGAUGAGUCCAGAAAAUCAUAAAGUAAAAUUGUACCCAAACCAGUUAUUAACUCUCAUCAUGCCAACCUAUGACAUAAACAAAAAUGAAUAAACAUGGGUUGUAAAUGGACAAAAAAAAAUGGAAAGAAAUAUCAAUCUGUGAAUCCACCACAACCUGUAAAAUAACACAGCAUUUUUAAAAGUUACUUUACUCCAUGUCUAUGCCCAAAGCUCACUUUGUGGCCGGCUCCAAGUACCGACUGUAUUUUAUCACCACAUCUCUCCCAUUUGGUGUUCUUACAGCGAUUUGCAGACUGAAAAAUGUUGGGAUGACUACUUUUGAGUAGCUCUGCAGGUAGAGUGAGAACUGAGAAUCUACAGGUCAUAGUUUCAAGGAGUGUACCUUUCACUCAGUAGUCUUUUCUGGAGAAUAACUGUUGUUCUACACAUUCCCAAGCUUUUGCCCUGCAUCUAAUGUGAGGAGAAACUAAAAUUUUAUGCUUGAGAUUUCUUCCCAGCAUGAGAACUCUGCCAUUAAACCAAAUCUCCUUUUGUGUGCUUUUGUCCUUGUCCUUACUUCCUUCCAAGGAAGAUGUUCACUUAAAGCAAAUACCACAGUGACUAGUAAGAAGAUAACAAUGAUUAUUUUA